AUGAAGAGUGAAAGUAAGAGAAUUGAUCAAGAGAGCAUCCAGCCCCCGGCGACCCAUCCCCAGUACGGCUUCAAGAUAACCGAUUGCAGCAAGUACUGCGGCCCCACAGGCUCCGCAGUAAACGGCCCAACCCUGUCUUUCAGCAGCUUCAGGCAGUCCUUCACCUCCAAUGUCAAUUACUUGAAACGUCGCUUCAGCUCCGGGGACCUGUCCUCGGAGUGCGACGACACGGAGGCUCCGGUGGACCCCUACACGAAGAAGACGCCCCCGGUCACCUCACAGCCCCAGGGUCCACCACCGCCUCCUCCUCCCACCAGCUAUGGCUCUGUCAGCUCUGGAAUCGGCUCCACGGCCACCUCAGGAUCAGCGUCAGGUUCCGAUCUGUCCCUCAACCUUAGAAGUGGCUCUAAGACCACCAGUGCGCCCAGUAGUCCAGCUAAGUCGAGGGAGUCCCUAUUGCAGAGGGUGCAGUCGCUGACAGGGCAGGCAAGGGAUCAGGGUGCCUCAAUUAUUGGUGCGGCGGUGUCAAGUGCAACAAGAGUAACAUCGACAGUGUCGGGUAGAUACGUGACCCUGCUGGUCAUAGACGAUCAGAACACAGACUGGUCGAAAUACUUCAGGGGCAGACGGAUCGGAGAGUAUGAGAUCCGUGUGGAACAGGCAGAGUUCAGGGAGAUUACCGUCACUUCUACAGCGGAUGCUGCAAGCGUCUCUAUGGCCGUCAUGAGGGGAGGUACGAGGGUUGGGAGGUCGUUUAGGCCAGACUUCCUAUUGGUCAGGCAGAACCUCAGGGACGCAGGGGAGGACUACAAGAAGUUGCUCCUGGCCCUCAAGUUCGGAGGGGUGCCCAGCAUCAACAAUCUGAACUCCAUCUACAAUUUUCAGGAUAAGCCAUGGGUUUUCGGCCAUCUGGUCCAGCUACAGAGGAGGCUCGGAAAGGAAAAUUUUCCGUUGAUCGAUCAAACUUUCUAUCCGGACCAUCGGGAAAUGAUCAUGGCUUCCAAAUUUCCGGUCGUUAUCAAGAUAGGCCACGCACACAGCGGCUUGGGCAAGGUGAAAGUGGACAACAUAAACGAUUUCCAAGACAUGGCCAGCGUAGUAGCCGUAGCUGACACCUAUUGCACCGUCGAGCCUUAUAUCGAUUCGAAAUAUGACAUUCACGUACAAAAAAUAGGCCACAACUACAAGGCCUUCAUGAGGAAAUCCAUAUCUGGCUCUUGGAAGACCAACAUAGGCUCCGCCAUGCUAGAGCAAAUCACCAUGCCGGAUAGAUAUAAAAUGUGGAUCGACGAGGUGUCUGAUCUGUUUGGUGGACUGGAUAUCUGCGCAUUAGAGGUUGUGGUGGGUAAGGAUGGCCGUGAAUUCAUAAUAGAGGUCAAUGACAGCGCCUUGACCCUCCUGGGCGAUUCUCAAGAAGAUGACAGACGUCAUAUCGCUGAUUUGGUCACAUCCAGAAUGCAGGCUAUCUGUAGACCCAGAACCCCACCAAGUUCUAUGGAGGACCCUGUUCCACCCCCUGUGGGACCCCGUGGUAUUUUAGGAAGUCUCAGUAGUCUGACGCAUUCCGAAACACCCCCUUCUGUAGCUCCUGAUCAGGUCUCGCUCUCUAGUAUCGGUAGAAGAGAGAGUCAAACUUCCCAAACUAGCACUGUGAGUUCUGGUCGUCUUCCAGACCCACCACCAAGACCCUUCCAACGUCAGGGAAGCCAGCAAUCCAACCCUCCUCCAGAGGAUACAGAAGAUACCAUGAAGAACCUCAGAAAAACCUUCGCUGGUAUAUUCGGAGACAUGUAAAGAUCGAAGAACAAGAGCAGCUCCAGAAAUAUCUGUUUUUUACUCCCAGAAAUGAAACAUGUGACCCAUAUUGGCCUGAAAAACGAAUUGAGUUGAUUUUAUUUAUUUCGAUGCUCAAAAUUCAGUCGAAAGUAGCUACCUAUAUUGUUUAGGAAUCACCUUUUUGGGGGGAUAAAAUAGAUAGCGAAAUUAUUCAAACUGAAAACCAUAUAAAGUAAAUUCUCCUUCAUUCCACGAUAUGUCUGAAAAUGAGUAACUUUCGUUGAAUUCUUCCAAACUUUUGAAAUUUUUGUAGAUUUGAAGUUAGCAACUGCUGAACCCAUCAUACUUUCGCUGGGAGUGUGGAAAAAGAAUUUCAGACAAGCCAAUCUUGACGAAAUAUUUCAACGAGGGUAUGAUGUAGGGUGAGUUUGGUUUCCACAUAGUCAACAAAAAGAGAUUGCUUGCUUGUUGAGACGAAUGAAAAUUAUUAUAUCAAUUACAAGAAACCUGAAGAUGACGAACAGCGCUCAAUUGUCUUCUUGAAACUGAACGAGCUUCCCCAAGGCACAUUCCUUGGCCUAAUGAAAUUAUAUACCGCAAAUUGUUGAAUCAGAUGUGGUUUUAUCAGAAAGUUUUAUAUUAAAAGUGUUCGUCUCAACAAGCAGGAUUAUAUUUUUUCUAUCAAGUAACCACUUGUUUCAGUUCUAUCUCUUUCACAUCUAUCGCCUGUUUUAACAAGCAAUACGUGAGAAGAGCGACUCCACUGCCUGAGGCUGGUACUAAAAAAGUGCCAUUGUUGUAUUACAUAAAAAAUUGUUAAAUAUACGUUGAAAAUAUUAGAUAUGGCAAUAUAGUACUUCGAUGAGUUUUGUAAAUGAAUAUGGGAACAGACACCCAUCUAGAAUGGAAAGCACUGACGGGUUGAAAAAGUAGAUAUUGAGUAAUGACAAUAUUAUUAAAGUUAGAAUAUUGGCACCAAAUUAUUGAUUGAUGUACGUGACAUGUGUUGUUCAACGAUCAUAGAACAACGAAAUUAUUCUAGGAAUUCAUUCGUCGUGAAUCAAUUUUAAAAAUAAAAAAUUCCGAAAUUGUAUUGGUUAUUACGUUCCACGCAGAAUUCGGUGUUGUAUUUUUUUUUCAAUUCAAUAGACUUCGGUAUUUCAUUGCACGGGAUCCAGUCAGGAAAGUAUAAGAUAAAAUUCUUAGGAAAUUUUAUACGAAAUUAAGCAGUUUUGCACUUUUUGGAGACAGUAGAUUACUCAUUAAAAAUAUGAAAAAUUUCGGUGUUGCCUCAAACAUUGUGUAAUAAAGCUUCUGGGUGUGUUUACUUAUAAUGAUUAAAAUGUUGUCGAUGUACAUAAUAUGCGAGUCAACAUUCUGUUUUAUUUAUCAAUGAAUACAAGUUUUAUUAAUAUUUGUUAAUUUAUUAUUAUAUUUAUCGCAUCACUGUUUUUCUAUUAUAUGUAUUUAUUGUUAUUUCCGCGUUAUGAAUUUGAGAAAAUGAGAAUUGUGAACUCAUAUAAAAUAUAUGUUGUAACAUUUUUCUAUAGAUGAUAUGAAAAUUUGAACAUAUCUCUAGGUGAAGUUCCAGAAAUAUGUAAAUUCAACAGUUUUCCAAGCACAACUAUUGUUUGUCAAUUUUGGAUCGUUCCUUUCUAUAUGUUAUCCAAUUGUAGUGUAAAUAACUUAUGUGCAAUUUGCGUAGAAUUCAUAUCUUUCUUGUAUGCGAGCAAUAUACCGGUUGUAACAUGUUAUGAACACCAUAAUCGUUCCAAUAUUUGAAAAAGUAAUAUUCGGAGACUAUAAUCCUCUUUAUGUACUAUAUACUGAAUUUGAAUGAAUAUGUGCUUGACAGAAGUCAGAAUUAUCUGAUCCUUUCAACGUGAAAUAUGUUGUUACUUCACGUAAAGUGAAUGCUCACGACAGUUUGAUGGAAUCUGCCUGAAUUUUGUUUUUUCUUUCUAGAAAACAUGUUGUAUCAGUUUAUAACCGAAUGUUUUCAAUCAGAAUCGAUCGAUUCAAAUUUAAAUGUAAUUUUUACAGUUACCAAUGCACGAAUUGGAGGUUUCUUAUCUGGAUUGGAAUUCCAUUCGAGAUUUAUGUGCAUUUUACGACCACUGACGUACAUACUGCAUAAUGCAGCUGAUUAAUUAAUGAUCCGAUCAGAGUGUAUUGUAGGUAUUUCAAUUUCUCGCCAAGAAAAUCAAUCAUACAUUUCCGACACCAAAUCAACAAUAUCGAAUUCGAAUUCCACGAUAAACCAUUUUGAUUUAAUCCUUUAUCUCAAUGUUCAAUUUGGAAAAAAAAAUUCGUUGAUUGGCAGUAUUCACAGUAAUCGUUGUGAGUCCAGAAAAGAUUUGCAUAAUGAAGCGGUUGUGUUGUAGAUUUAGCGCCUAAAAUGAGUUAUAUAGAGCAGAACGUACUGUAUAGUAUUAUGUCAAUGGAAAAAUAUAAGGAAUGAAAUGACAAAA